AUGUUGAUGUCUGUACCGUGGGGACAUGGAGAACUUGAACUGGACAGCGGUGAAAUUCUUACCCUCCCAAAACAAGUUCUCCAAGCAAAAAGAAGUCACGUUAUUGAUCAAUACAAAUGGCAUUGCGAAGAAGUGAAGUUUACACCACUGAAAGAUCGAAAACUAUUUUAUAUUGUUGAAAAUUUGAACGCAUCCGAACAAAAAGUUCUAUCCGGUUUAGAUGAUUUUGCUGCGGCAGCGCGAGACGCCUCUGAAAAAUUAGAAUUUAUUUGUCAAAGGUUGCUCAUAUCGUCAGCCGAACGUAAAAGAUUGAAUUUAACGCGUGCACACUAG